AUGCUGUUUCUCUCUGCGCUGCCCGUUGCGCUAGCGGCCGCGGAACCGAUCGGCGCGGCCGUCGCAGCUGACGGCGGUAACCCUGCGACAGUGGCGACAGCACCACCGCCCGGCGACAUCCCUUUCGUUCAAGAGCUGCUGGCGAGGUCGCGGGCCAACAAGGCCAAGUACGACGAGGAGCGGCUGAACGACUACUACCGGCGCAACUUCAAGGACUACUUCGACUUCGUUGGGGGCACACUGCAGGUGAAGAGGGAGGACAAGCUGACAGACAACGAGAAGGAGAUUCUCAAGUGGAUCGACGCCAACAAGUGA